ACAUACGUUCAAUAUUAACUGAUUAAGAUGCUUGUAUGAAUGGAGAUAUUCUCAUGUUUGACCUCAGCAGUUUCAGAUAAUAACUCUCCUCUAAUCUGACCGCCCGGAAGAAAUAUGAUCUACAGAAAAACUCUCCGCCUUCAAUUCCAGUUGUGUGUUCCUGAGUGUAUAUACAUCAUUCCAUUGUGACCCCUUAAUCAGUGUCCGCUCGCGAACAGUAUUUAUAUUAAAAAAUUAGUUAUGUUAACAAAUGCGAUUGACGGAGACUCCCACAAUUUUGUUGUUUUCGAUACUGAUGUGGGCACGGAUGAUGCCUGGGCUCUCCUGAUGCUGAUUAGAGCCGAACAAGAGAAACUUAAAAAUGUUAAAAUACUAGGAGUCACCUGCGUGCAUGGGAAUACCCAAAUACAACACGUCGUGCGAAAUGUCUUUAGAGUUCUCGAUGUAGCCAAACGGUCCGAUAUCCCGGUAUUCAAAGGUGCCUCUAGUCCACUAUUGCCCAAUUCAGUGAAAGAUUUUUUCCAUGGCGACGAUGGCUUCGGAGAUAUAUAUGACCAUGAAGGUGACGAGCAGGUAAUGAGCCGAUUACAGGAGAAGCAUGCGGUAACUGCUUUGUAUGAGUUUGCUUCCAAGUUCCCAAAGAGAGUGUCUUUCGUUCUUGUUGGACCACUUACAAACUUCGCAUUAUGCUUGAAAAUGUAUCCCGACUUCGCAGAAAAAGUGAAGGAUGUUUAUAUCAUGGGCGGAAAUAGAAAAGGUGUUGGCAAUAUAACAGCAUGUGCUGAAUUCAACUUUUAUUUCGACCCUGAAGCGGCUUUUAUCGUCACAAAUGAAGAUAGAAUAACAAAAACGAUACUUCCCUGGGAACCGUGUGUACCAAAUCCAAAAAAGAAUCACAUCACAUUGGAAUGGCGACUGAAAACACUAAGUGCUAUCAACAAUCAAAUAAUACAUCUAAUGGAUCCCGUUGAGAAAAAAUGUUAUGAAUCUUUCACUGCUUGGUGUCCAUGUGAUGCAUAUUUGACUGCAGCUUUCUUAUUUCCUGAAUUAAUUAUAAAGAAAGAUUCGAAAUGUCACAUAUCAGUUGAAUUGGGUGGUACGCACACUAGAGGUUUAAUGAUUUUAGACCAUAUAAAAGAGAAAUCAGACAAUGCAAGGAUUAUAGAAACGAUAGAUUUAGAAAAUUUCAAAAAAGUUGCUAUGUGGGUAGCAGGAUAUGAUGUUAACGUAUUAACUAUGUCAUUAAGUGCUAUGGAGGAAGAGUCCCAAAAUUUUGUUGUUUUUGAUACUGACGUGGGCACGGAUGAUGCAUGGGCACUACUAAUGUUGAUUAGAGCUGAAGAGAAAAAAUUGAAGAACAUCAAAAUUUUGGGGGUGACCUGUGUUCAUGGAAAUACUGAAAUAGAACACGUUGUGAGAAAUGUUUUUAGGGUUCUCGAUACAGUCAAUCGGCCUGAUAUUCCGGUAUUCAAAGGGGCAUCUGGACCACUCUUACCCAUUCCAAUGGACAACAAUCCUUUCUUUCAUGGUGUAGAUGGUUUUGGAGAUAUAUAUGAGCAUGGCGAAGAUGACAAGAUAUUCCGGCGAUUACAAAAGGAACAUGCUGUCACUGCUUUGUAUGAUUUUGCUUCCAAGUACCCAAAAAAAGUAACAUUCAUCCUCGUUGGACCUCUUACAAACUUUGCGUUAUGCAUGAAAAUGUACCCAGACUUUGCAGAUAAAGUGAAGGAUGUUUAUAUCAUGGGCGGAAAUAGAAAAGGGGUUGGUAAUAUAACGUCUUGUGCUGAGUAUAACUUCUACUGCGACCCUGAAGCCGCUUAUAUUGUCACAAAUGAAAGCAGAAUAACAAAAAUAAUUCUUCCGUGGGAACCAUGUUUGCCGAAACCAGAACAAAAAUACACUUCCCUGGAAUGGCGGCUGAAAGAACUUAGUGCAAUUAAUAAUCCAAUAACAAAAUUAAUGGAUCCAGUGGACAGCAAAUGCUAUGGGCGAGUAGGUCGUAAACAGUGGUGUCCAUGUGACGCCUGUUUAAUGGCAGUUUUUUUAUUCCCUGAAUUAAUUAUAAAAAAGGAAUCAAAGUACCACGUGUCAGUAGAAUUGAUUGGAACAAACACUAGAGGUCAGAUGAUUUUGGACCAUAAAAAGGAGAAAGCAGAUAAUGCUAGAGUAAUAGAAAUGAUGCAUUUAGAGAAUUUCAAAGAAAUUGCCGAAUGGACAGUAGGAUGCAAUAUCAACUUAUAAUGCUGAAUUAAAAAUUAAAUUGGUUCAAAAUGCAAGUUGUUUUCAGCUUAUAUUAUCUAAAUACAUAUUAGGGAGAACCAGCAACUUCCCCGUUGUUGGCCUUGUUUCAGUUUGUGUAAUUUUUAAAAUCACUAAAGUAAUUUUAUAUGCAAAUCUUUAUAUUAUUUGUAGAUUUUGAAAAGCGUAUUUGUAAUA